AUGGCUCCGCCGCCAGCAGCCCCUACCUAUGUCCUAGGUGUGGGCAUGACAGCUUUUGUCAAACCCUCUGGAAGGGCUGACUAUACCGAACUUGGUUUUGAGGCUGAUGUUAAAGCCAUGUUAGACGCCCAAAUCAAUUAUGACGAUGUUGACAACGGCAUUGCGUGCUAUGUUUACGGCGAUUCAGCAUGCGGGCAGAGAGUCUUCUAUCAGUUCGGGAUGACCCAGAUUCCGAUCUACAAUGUAAACAACAACUGCUCAACUGGAUCUACGGGCUUGAAUCUAGCCAGAAAUUUUAUAAGUCACGGGGUGGCAGAUUGUGUUCUGGUCGUCGGAUUUGAAAAAAUGUUUGCUGCAGGCAUUUCCACGGUUUUUGCAGACCGAGCGGAUCCCGUCGGAACCACGACGAUGAUGAUGAAAGAAACAAGGGGUCUCACUAAGGCGCCAAAUACUGCUCAAAUAUUUGGAAAUGCUGGGCGUGAAUACAUGGAGCGGUAUGGGGCAACGGUUGAUGAUUUUGCCGAAAUUGCUCGUAUCAAUCAUGAGCAUUCCCAAAACAAUCCAUACGCCCAGUUCAGGGACACUUGUACAUUAGAUGAGGUUAAAAACUCGAGGAUGAUAUAUGAACCUCUGACCAAACUUCAGUGUUGCCCAACGUCUGAUGGGGGUGCUGCUGUCAUUCUCGUAUCUGAAGCUUUUCUUGAUGCUCAGCCUCAUCUUAAGGAGCAGGCUGUUUUGAUUGCGGGACAAUGCCUCGCUACAGAAUCGCCGAAGCUAUUUUCUCAGAGUGCCAUUGACUUGUUAGGGUACGAAAUGGGGAAAUACGCUGGCAAGGUUGCAAUGAAAGAGGCGGGAGUCACACCAAAGGAUAUCGAUGUGGUCGAGUUUCACGACUGUUUCUCAACAAACGAAAUGGUCGCCAUCGAUGCUCUUGGUUUCACUCCUCUCGGAAAAGCACAUGAGCUUGUUCGUAAGGGCGACAUCACGUACGGUGGUGAAGUCGUUAUCAAUCCCUCUGGCGGUCUGAUUUUGAAAGAACUGCUCUGGCAACUGAGGGGUUGGGCAAAUAACAGGCUGGUUGAAAAUGCAAAGGUGUCAUUACAACACAAUUUAGGGCUGGGGGGAGCUAUCGUGGUUACGGUUUACAUAAGAGCUGACAGAAAGCCAAACAGAAUGGUGGAUAGCAACACUGUUGGAAAGAAGAACAAGCAGGGCUAUAAUCCCGCGGUUCAGCGAAAAGGUUUCACGGUUGCUCAAGCUGAGUCGGUCAGGAGCAAGACGAGGGCAUCGGCUUGGGCUUUAGGUGACACACAGAGCAAAGUGCUAGCUAGAUUUUAAGUACUAUGUCGUUGUGGAGUAAACCAAUGCAACAUGAUUUCAAUAAUGUCCAAUGCUUAGUUAGACUUACACCUCAAUCAUGAAUGCCACACCAAAACUAUGACUUGCAAGACAGAAGCGGUAGCGGACGGCACUCAGUAAACAUCAUAGGCUAUCACAGCUUAACAAUCGCUACCAGUAGCGGUAGCCGACUAGAGACUACCUAUUAGCCGGCUCUCUGAAAGACCAGUGUGUUGACGGUAGCUAAUCUAGCCGUUAGCCAUGACGUAAUUGAAGAUAAGUU